AUGUCUCCCUUCCUUCUUAUUCUGCUGCUAUUCAGCAGCAGCAUCUCGAUAUCAGAAGCAACGCCUGGUCCCUGGAGUGGGAGCGCGAUGCAUCUGGCGGCACGGCUGCAGUCGGACGGAAUGAAGCUAUGCUGGGACUCGCUGAUGGAGCUCCGGUCCUGCAUCGGAGAGGUGGUGCUCUUCUUCCUCAACGGUGAGACGUACCUUGGGCCGGGCUGCUGCAGGGCGAUCCGGGUCAUCGAGCACCACUGCUGGGCCGCCGAGGUCAUGCUUGCGGCCCUCGGAUUCACUCCGCAAGAGGGUGAUGUCCUGCGAGGAUACUGCGACGCCGAGGCCGGCGCUGCCUCUCCUCCGCCUCCGCCUCCGCCUCCGAUCGCUCAGGGGCCCAAGGUGGAGUUUUCUGAGCCCUAG